AUGCUAUACUUCAUAGCGUGUCUAUUACUGGCUGCGGCGUAUGUUGUGUCUAUUGCCGCCUACAGAUUAUUCUUCAGCCCUCUUGCUCGUUUCCCUGGGCCCACGUUGGCCGCCCUCACAUUCGGCUACGAGUUCUAUUACGACUUUUUCAAAGAUGGAGGUGGUCGAUACUGGGCUGAGAUCAACCGCAUGCACGAUGUAUCAGAGUUCACCGAAGCCUUCAAAAUCUCGAGAAAGACGUCCAGGCCGUGGUGGUAUUACCGAUCCAAUGGCCCGCCGAAUAGUGUCCUGCAAGCUGGAUUACUCUCGAGAUUCCGCGCCACCAAGGGCACUGGUGCCGUGUUGACCUUGGGCCAUGCUUUCCGAUGCCUCGCCAUCGAUGUGACGUGCACCACGAACCUCGGCUACGACUUCGGGUUCGUCGACGUCGAGGACUUUGAGAAUGACAUGUUCAAGAUUGCAAGGACCCUGGGUCGUAUGAACAUGAUCAGCCGUCACAUCGGGCACUGGUUCUUUGCUGUGAUGCGAGCUCCCGCGCGCUGGGCUAAACGCGCGGAGCCCGUCAGCCCUGGUAUGAUUCGGGUUCUGCGGUUCCGGAACAUCAUCGAUCAGGCCGUCACAGAUCAGUAUCGUGCUGCAACGACUAAUGACACGACUAUACGCGAAAAGACUGGUGGUAGGGGCGACGGCGACGGCUUUAAAUCCACCGUCCAGCAUAUUCUCGAGUCAAACCUCCCAGCCCAUGAAAAGGAGUUGACGCGUGUGGUAAAUGAGGUCUGGCUCUGCAUCAACGCGGGCAUCGACACAGAAGGCCAAGCCAUCGCCUUUGCAACCUUCAUGCUCCUCAGUCACCCUAAAGAGCUCGCACAACUCCGGGAGGAGCUGGCAGAAUGUGGAAAGAGGCUCGGCAGACUCCCCACGUACCAAGAGCUCAAAGAGCUAGACUAUCUGCACGCAGUCGUCCAGGAGUCAUUCCGUCUAAACCACCCCAUUGCCGGCCGCUUACCCAGAACCGACCCGGAAAAUGAAAUCCAAUACGGGGACGUGGUGAUCCCCCGUGGCGUCACCGUCUCCGUGUCCACGUACGACAUCUAUCUCGACGCCAACAUCUUCCCAGACCCGCACAGAUUCGACCCCGGGCGUUGGCUUGACCCGGGCGAGCGGAAACGGCUUCGGAAAUACGUUAACAACUACGGUCGCGGGACCCGCAGUUGCGUGGGGAUGGACGUGGCCAACAUGGGCAUCUACUUGACUCUGGGACGCAUCUUUGCUCCGUCGGCUGGUUUCGAGCUGGCGUUGCAUGAUACGUUGUAUGAGCGCGAUGUCGCCUUCGAUGCCGACUUUUUCGGGGCGUUUCCCAAGAGCGGUUCGAACCACAUUAAGGCAACCGUAGUCUAG